CAUGAAGUCCAAAAAAGAAGAAAAACGAAACCGAAUAACAGAAACUAACAAACAACACUCACGCCAUGGCCACCAGAGCUCUUCUUUCUUCUUUCUCCCCUCCUCCUUCUUCUUCACCCUCUUCUUCCACUUCACUUUCUCGAAGAUUCCCAUUCAAGCACGCAACCGCAACAACUACUUCAUUGCUGUUGUUUGUGUCGCAUGCAGGCCGGAGGUGCUCUGUGUUUAGGGUUUCCGGCGGGAGGGACGGUGGCGGGAAGGUGUGGGCCGAUGUGAGGUCGGAGAAGCAGCAUCACGUCACUGAGCCUAGCAGGUUCGAGGAUGAGGAUGAUGAUGACGUUGUGACGGCACGUGACUUGGAUAAUGUUGUGGGAGCAGGAGUAGAAGGAGCAGCUUGGUGGCACGUGUUCCCGAAGAGAUGGGUCAUCGUCAUUCUUUGCUUUUCUGCCUUCCUUCUCUGUAACAUGGAUAGAGUAAAUAUGAGCAUUGCCAUUCUUCCAAUGUCAGCUGAGUACAAUUGGAGCCCCAGCACUGUCGGCUUGAUACAAUCCUCUUUCUUUUGGGGAUACCUCCUCACUCAGAUUGCUGGUGGAAUAUGGGCAGACACAGUAGGGGGAAAGCAGGUGUUAGGAUUCGGCGUGGUUUGGUGGUCUGUCGCAACAGUCCUGACUCCUAUUGCUGCUAAACUUGGGUUGCCUUUCCUACUUGUUGCUCGUGCAUUCAUGGGGAUCGGUGAGGGUGUUGCUAUGCCAGCCAUGAAUAAUAUCCUGUCAAAAUGGGUUCCUGUGGCAGAGAGAAGCAGGUCACUGGCACUGGUCUACAGCGGCAUGUACCUUGGAUCGGUCACAGGGUUGGCCUUUUCACCCUUUUUGAUUCAUCAGUUUGGUUGGCCAUCGGUGUUUUACUCCUUUGGAUCUCUUGGGACAGUUUGGUUUUCUGUGUGGCUUAGUAAGGCAUAUAGUUCACCUCUUGACGACCCUGAACUGCGUCCUGAAGAAAAGAAGUUGAUAACUACUAAUAGUGUUUCAAAGGAACCUAUUAAAAUGAUACCUUGGGGAUUAAUUUUGUCGAAACCACCUGUGUGGGCACUAAUCGUAUCCCAUUUCUGCCAUAACUGGGGAACUUUUAUUCUUCUUACUUGGAUGCCAACAUACUAUAACCAAGUCUUGAAGUUCAAUCUUACAGAAUCAGGGCUAUUUUGUGUUUUGCCAUGGCUUACAAUGGCGGUAUCUGCAAAUGUCGGUGGUUGGAUUGCAGACACUCUUGUGAGUAAGGGUUUGUCGGUUACAAGGGUCCGCAAGAUAAUGCAAACGGUUGGAUUUCUUGGCCCUGCUUUCUUCUUAACACAACUGAGCCAUGUUAAUUCUCCUGUGAUGGCCGUUUUGUGCAUGACUUGCAGUCAGGGAACUGAUGCGUUCUCUCAGUCCGGUUUGUAUUCAAACCAUCAAGAUAUAGCCCCUCGAUAUUCGGGGAUACUGCUUGGUCUGUCUAAUACUGCUGGCGUAUUGGCUGGUGUACUCGGAACAGCAGCAACAGGUUACAUUCUACAGCAUGGUUCCUGGGAUGAUGUUUUCAAGGUUUCAGUUGGGCUCUAUUUGGUUGGAACCGUGGUGUGGAACCUUUUUUCAACCGGCGAAAAGAUCUUGGAAUAACUAGAAAGCAGUUAUUACAGACUAUCGGUUAUCGUCACACCUUAUGCAUAGAUGAAUCCUGCCCACGGAACAGGAUGGUCUAUGAGAAGAAAAUUAAAGGAGGUUAAAUCAGGAAGCAACGCAUUCUUUUGGUGCCUGACAAAAUGGUAAAUUUUGAAGAUAGAGCAUUGAAGAUAGCUUAUUCCUUGAAAGGUGAAUUAUCAAAAUUUAAUUCCGUGAUGUUUUUUCAUCAUGGGAGAAGUUCCUUAUUUUUUCCCCAUCUUUUUGGUGGGAAAUUCAUAUUGCUAUAUUAGCCACUUGAUUUAACAUCAUACAUGUAAAUAUAAUUUCUAUGCCAUCACACCAAUUUUGUGAAAUUAAUAGGGAAAAAAAUGUGAUUCAAAUUCAUGAUGUAUUAUUCAAUUUUCACAAUUCAGCAAGCUUCUUUUGUCUC